GCCCCCCUUCCUGUGCCCCUCGCUGCCGGGCUGCGUCCUUCUCCCCUCCCGCCUCUCCCUCUCUCAGUCUCCGCUCCUUGACCUCCGGUCGGCCACCACAGCCAUGUCGUCAAAGCUCGAACGUCUCUUCCACCUGCUGGAAGACCAGCGCUCCACGCCGGCCGUCCGACGUGCGGCCGCACGCCAGCUUGGCGAGGUCCAGCGUCGCCACCCGCACGAGCUGCGCUACCUCAUUCGCCGGCUUCACCCCCUUCUGCGAUCCCCCCAGUGGGAUGCACGCAUUGCAGCCGGGCUGGCCCUGGCCGAGGUGGCCAGUGCCGUGCCCCAGGCGCCGGCCGCCCAGCCACUGGCCAUGCGCCGGCGCCGCGCGGCCGCCCGCGUCAUCCAGGAGUCGCUGGCCGCCUCGCAAGCCGCCUCGCUGGCUGACAGCCGGGUCCCGGAGGGCGCGUCGACCGGCGCGGCUCCGGCCACGACGCUGCCCUACUCGGCCACCGUGCUGGCGGAUGGCGAAUCGGACGACGAGGCUGACCAUGCGUCGGCGGCCAUCUUGACCGCCUCGGCCGGUUCGGCCGCUGACACCACCGACGGCCCUGCCCCCAUCAAGUCCGAUCCCGAUGUCGACGAGGAGGCCGAGUCCGGGGCGUCCAUUCAGCGGCUGAACUUCCGGACCUUCGACUUUGCCCGGGUCCUUCGCCAUGGCCAGGCCCUGGGCAGCUCCUCCGGCGUCGAGUAUGAGGUUGACUGGUCGCGGUUGAAUUCGCGCGAGCGCCUGGCCGUCCAGCGCCAGCAGCUCAUCCGGCUGAACUUGUGCGAUGCCGCGGCCCUGGGCGCGGAUCCCAACGUGACCGAGCUCAUCUUUGACCGGCGGCUGAUUCGCGACCGAGACCUGCUGGCACAGGCGAAGCUCGGCGCGGCGGCGGCGGCCGCCGCCGCCGCCGUCAAAGCCGAGGACGCCUCCUCGAAUGAGGGCGCCGUGGAGGGGGUCCUCCGAGGCACGGCGCAGUUGAGCGCACGCGAGCGCCAACGCCAGCGUCUGGCCGAGCGAACCAAGUCCCGGCAGGCGGCCUCGGCCAGUGCCUCGGGCACCGUGGCCGUCCAGGUCACCGACGCCAUGGCCGGAGCCGGUGGCGACCUCUCCUCGACCAUCGGCCAGGAGGAGACCCCCCUCGGGCCGGACGGCGCAGCCGGCCCGGCGGCCGGGCUUGAGCACGAUCCCUUCGGCUCGGAGUGGCCCUUUGCCGAGUUCUUCGAAAUCCUGUGCCACGAUCUGUUCGACCAGUCGUGGGAGGUCCGCCAUGGGGCGUCGAUCGGCCUGCGCGAGCUGCUCAAAGCCCACGGCGCCGGGCUGGGGCUUCCCCAUGGGACCCAGGCCGAGGCCGGGGCCGCGCCCUCGCUUGGGGCCCUGUCGCGCGUGCACUCCGAGCACCUGGACGACGCGGCCAUCCGCCUGCUGUGUCUGCUGGUCUUGGACCGCUUCGCGGACUAUGUGGAGGCCGAGCGGGCCGUGGCCCCGGUCCGCGAGACCGCGGCCCAAGCCCUCGGGGCGCUGGUCAGCGUGGCCGGCGUCGGGACCGUGUCGCGUGUCUGGCAUGCGGUGUCCGUCAUCUCCGAGCAAUCGUCGCUGGUGGGGCAAGUGGCGCCCUCUGUGGCCCCUGGCGAUGAUGCUGGUCGUGACAGCUGGCAUGUGCGCCUCGGGGCCUACCUCGGCCUGCGCUAUGUGGUGGCCAUCCGCCCGGAUCUGGGCCCGGUCACCGUGCCGAUGGUCAUGCCCAUCGUGCUGAAUGGCAUCAAUGAUCCGGAUGAUGAUGUCCGCGCGGUGGCCUGUGAAACACUCAUGCCGGUGGUGGAUGUCCUGACGUCCACCUUCUUCGUGACCGGUGCCGAGGCCGCCACCGAGCGGUACCUGCGCUUCCCUCGCCAAUUGGCGGCCCUGCUGUCGGCUUUGGUGGCCGCGCUGACCGGGCCAGUUUCCUCGACCCCCGCCUCCUCGCGUGCAGCCCUGUCGAAUGUCGAUGACGAUUUGAGUGCUGCCACGGCCCAUGCGCUGGAUCUGCUGGGCCGGCUGCUGGUCGUGCGCGAUGUGGCCCUGGCGGUGUUCGGCAUCCGGCCGGCUGCCAGCAGCCCCGGUGACGCCCCGUCGCCCGAAGAGGAUUCGGCCCCGUUGCGCACCGGCAACUUGCGUGGUGUUGUGCCACCGCCGCCGGAGCUUCUGCGCGCCAUUCUGCCCUUCUCUCGGCAUCCAGUGGCGGCGGUCCGUCUGUCGGUCCUGCGGCUUAUUUCCAUGUUCCUGGGCAGCCUGGCCGAGGGGGAUCCGGCCGCGGCCGCCGCUGAACCGGACGAUCUGCCAACCGCCGCCGGGGCUCCCCUGCGUGCUCUUCCCUGGCAGUGGUCCAUGGCCUUGUGGUCGACCAUCAGCCGGAUUGUCUUCCAAAACUUCCUCCUCGAGGCCCAUGCUGUACGACAAUGA